AUGAUAGCAGCGAUUGAUGAUAGAUUAAAAUUUAAUUGUGAAAUAAUCUAAAAAAGCACAACAAUCAAUUUUGGAAGGUAUGAAUUAAUAAUAUCAAUAUUAAAGAGAAUUUUGGAUGACUCCAACAAUUUAAAUAUUUUUAGCAGGAUUUUAAAAAGAAAUCAUAAAAGGGGAUUUAAAGUUUCAAUUAUAGAUAACUAGAUAAUAAGUUAAUAGUUUUGAUGUUGCUUUGAAUAAUUGAUCUGAACAUUUUUUAAAAGACAUACAUAUUUGGUAUUAAAAAAAUUAUUAUAUUUAGUUCUAUAGCUGGAUCAUAAAAUGUUGUUAAAUCAAAAUCCUUAAUAAAUAUCAACUAAAAGACUGAUGAAUUUGUAGGUUUGGAAGGAACUUCAAAAAAUUUAAUUUAUGGAGUAAGUAAGAUCUCUAAUUUUUAUGGAGCCUUAAUGAUUCAAUUAUGAUAGUUUGAAUAUGAAUAAGAAAAGCCUGGUGUAGGAAUUAGUAAUGAAUAUUAAUUAAUUUUAAUUAGGUUAAGUUGAUAUGAUCAUGGGAUUAAUAUAAAAUGAUGGUAUGUUGUGUCCAUUAGGGUAUUAUGAAUGUAAUUUCAAUGGAAUAUUAAUUGCUUUGUGUGAAAGUACUAGUGGUUCUCAAUCUUGGAAAAGAAUUAAGUCUAUAAAGAGUAGGAAAGGAUGGAAUGGAAAAUUUAAGAUUGAUGGAAUCGAAAAUUUAAGAUUGAUGGAAAGACUUUAAAGACUCAAGAUGCUAAUUGCAUUUAAGAUAUUUAAUUAUAUUUAGAGGCAUGAAGAUAGUUUAAUAAGAUGUAUUGAAAACAAUAUUUUAUUUAAAUAAUUAAAAUUAAUUCAUGAUUAUUCCUAUUAGAUGUUUUACUUGUGGAAAGGUAUUGAAAUGUUAAUUGAAACAAUUAGGUAGUUGGUCAUUUAUGGAAUGAUUAUGUUUAAUUACUAUAAGAUGGUGUAACAACAGGAGAGUCUUUAGAUAGAUUGGGUUUGGAGAGAUAUUGUUGCAGAAGAAUGAUAUUAACACAUGUAGAUUUGAUAGACAAAUUAUUAAACUAUAAUAGUAUUUGUUAAGAGUAUUUUUAGUUUACAAAACACUGUGA